AUGUCCUGGCUACGCGCCGCCGUCGAACUGUGGCUUAUCCAAAAGCUCAUCUCGAGCCCAACCUUCCACCGCGGAGUCCGACGGAUCCACAAAGGGGUGCAUGAGUUUCGCCAUGGCAAGGACCCGGCGGAUAUGGGGGGGACGAAGAUAGAUGUUCCUGGUGGCAAGAAGGGCUUUCUGGGCCACUUUAUCGAUGAGCUGAAGGAGCAGAUACGGGGGACUUCGACGAAGAAAUGA